AUGCUGACGCCUUACCGCCGUAUCAGGUGUUUGAAAGUGGAACUUCUACAUGGAAGCUCUAUGUGCGCCAUUUUUCACGAGUUUGAAGAGAUAGGAAUCAUCUGUAAACUUGAACAGUCUGCGCAGAAUUAUGAGAAUCACGGUGGAACGACGUACUUUUUUCAUCCACAGCAAGCACCACAGCCUCUUGGGGGUGGUGAUGCAAGUGUUGGCGAUCCCCGCAUCAGCAGUGCGUCAGGAAUACCCAUGAAUGAUCAACCUUUACCGGAGAAUCAUACAAUAGUUAGCACAAAUGGCAGUUUUUCUUAUCAAGGACCUGUACCGCAUAUUGGCAAAUUUCGACCGAAGGGAAUUGGUGGAAAUAACAUGGGUCAAUUUGUCUCACCGGAUGUGAAAAUGGUCAACUUUCAGUUAUUGCCAGAACUAGUUCAUCGACAGCUUGCAAUGGAAGCAAGAGCCGAUCCCGCUGUCUAUCCGGACAUACCUCAGCAGGUGGAACAUCUGAACCAUUUGGUCCCGUUAGAGCCGAUCAACCAGCAUCAUGCAACCCAGUCUGUGUAUAAAGCGAUUUCGGUUAGAGAUGGUGUCACUUAUUGUAUACGAAGACUUCAUGGGUUCCGUGUGUCGUCGCCAAAGCAACUACAGCCGCUAGAAACGUGGAAAAAGCUGAACAAUGUUAAUGUCGUCCAACUACGCGAAGUGAUUGUAAAUUGUAAAUCAUUUGGGGACAGCUCUGUGGUCCUUGUUUACGACUACCAUCCGCUAGCUGAUUCGCUGAAAACCCGUCAUUUUGGAAGGAUGCUUGGAAGUGGAUUCAUCGAUGGAAUAACUGGUGCUAAGAUUUCAAGUCAAAUUUCGGCUCAUUCCCCAACGCAGAUGCAACAAGGAGCAGGAGUAGUAGAAUGGUUGUUGUGGUCCUAUGUUAUCCAGCUCUCUUCAGCGUUGCGAGCAGUUCACGCCAACGGA